UAGUAGAACGUCCAAAUCGGCCAUGUUGUGGUUUUGAAUAAGGAAGAAGCGGGAGAGGUUAUCUUUUAGCGAGUUAUUCCACCGUAUUUUCAGUUUAAAGUCAACUUCUGCACUGUUAUUCAAUUUCUGGAGUCAUUUUAAGCUUUAUUCUGUGUUUUCUAAUGUAGCUUUGGUAGUUAAAUACUCAAGUAGAAAUUGCAACACAGUAAAUACCUCUAUAAAACAGUUCGCUAGCUAGCUUGCUAAGUAAGCUAGCUAGCUAGCUAGCGUUAGCUAGCUCAAUUUGAAGAAGGUAGAGUAUCUAACAUGAUGGUAGUUCGCUAGCUAGCAGUGUUAGCUAGCAAGCGAAUAAGCCACAGUUAACCUACCACAGGCGAAUGACGUGUAGUGUCUUUAGGUGUUUUGGCUCCACUAGGAGGUGGGUUGGAAGUAUCCAUAGUAGCCAUUUAUUUUUCGGCGAGUGGAAGCUUCUGAACUUCUCCAAACAUGUUCAAUAAGAUUUACGAAUGGAUAGGAACAGGCUUUGGCAACCUUCGCAACGGAGCGCCAGAUGCGGACCAGCCAGAUACACAUGGAGUACAACCGGGUGGUCCAAGUAGGAAAAAAAGAUCAAAUGACUGUUUGGAGGAUGGAGAUACGCUCGAUCAAGAUGGCAUUGCAGUGAAAAAGUCUCGUAUGGGUGACCUCAUAGACUCAGUCAAGACAGCAGCUGAGGGGAUGAAGAGCCACAGCACCAACAUGGCCUCAUGGGUCAAGAACAGUAUGAGCCCCACCUUGGGAACCUUCCUGCCUGCCUCCGACGGUCCCCCUUUACAGCACCAGCCGGGACCCUCGACAUCCACCUCAGCUUCAUCAGCUGCCUGGCCGCAAAGUGAGGCCCUUGAGAGGAACACUGCUUCUAUGGAUGGGACAUUUGCUGCUCCCGCAACGACUCUGGAUUGGAAGACCUCAAAAUCAGAGUCAUUCCGUAUCGAGAGGUCCAUGAUGGGUUCAAAAGUGUGCAGGCGGCAAGUGUGUAUGGGCCUGGCCCAACGUGAGGCGCCCAAAACCAACGGGCACCCCGUCAGUGUGCCACCCUCCUCUGCCCCCAAAGCAGCCUGCCCUCCUCCACGACUGGGCAGGCCCCUCAACCUCCGACCACAUGGAAUUACAAGCCUGGACACUACACCAGGGGCUGUGUCAGCGGGCAGCAGUUCCUUCACCAGCAUGUAUGAGAAGACCUUCCCCAUCAGGGUGGUGCAGAGUCCCUCCCACAGCGGCUCCAUCAGCCGCCUGCUGGGCGCCAGGCCCCGCUGCACCGCUCAGGAGUCUGUCCGGGAGGAGGAGAAAGAGGUGUACAGACAGCUGAUCACCAUGGUCUCAGGGGGGCAGUCUUCUCUGCUCCACAACGGCAGCUCCCCUGGGAUGGUUCGCUCCCACCGAGACUUCACCAGCUUCCUAAGCUCCAGCCGCCGACUGCUGCACUUCUCCCCCACUGGGUCAGGAGCGGGCGAGGCCUCCGAGAGCCACAGCGGACCCCCCAGCCCCAGGCCCGGCUCCAGCAAGGGCUACAACAACUUCCCCAGCCCCGGGGAGGGCUCCUGCAGCGGGGGGCCCGGGAUCCAGGCCUGGGCCCCAGACUCUGAGCUCAGCCCCAGGGCAGCAGCUGCCGUCCAGUCUGUCCCCUCCCCGGCCGCCCUGCAGGACACCACCUCUCAGGACACCCAGUCGUCAGCCCAUGAUGGGGACUCUGUAAUCAUUGUGAGAGAACAGAAAGGCAAAAAGGCAGAAUCUUCAAGUGUACCCUGCUUCCAAGCUGAACUAUGGAUCAAGGAACUGACCAGCAUGUACGACUCCCGUGCUCGAGAGAGGCGGAGACAGAUCGACGAACAGGAAGCUCUCGCUGCCCAGCUGUUAAGACAGCGGCUGACCGAGGAGAGCCACCUGGGCCGUGGGGAUGUGGUGCUCCGCGUCCGGGUCCCCCUGGAGAAGGAGGUUCCACUGGCCCCGGUCCUGGAGGAGCCCACAACCCUGGAGGAGAAACCAGAGUUCCCUGAACUCUCAGAGGCGAUGGAGGGGGAGGUGAGCAGGGCCCUGAGGGGCGGCGGCCAGGACGAGGUGCUGAGCGAAGGCUUCCGGCUCACCAUCACACGCAAGGACCUGCACACACUCAGCCACCUCAACUGGCUCAACGACGAGGUGAUCAACUUCUACAUGAACCUGCUGGUGGAGCGUAGCAAGGAGCCCAGCCUGCCCUCCGUCCACACCUUCAACACCUUCUUCUUCCCCAAGCUGCGCAGCGCUGGCUACUCGGCCGUCCGCCGCUGGACCAAGAAGAUGGACAUCUUCUCAGUGGACAUCCUGCUGGUGCCCGUCCACCUGGGGGUGCACUGGUGCCUGUCGGUGAUGGAUCUCCGCAAGAAGAGCAUCACGUACUUUGAUUCCAUGGGAGGAACCAAUGACGAGGCCUGUCGGAUAUUGCUGAAAUACCUUCAGCAAGAAAGCAAGGAUAAAAAGGGCAAAGAACUGGAUACCUCAGACUGGAGUCUGCAGAGCAAGAGACGCAAUGAAAUCCCCCAGCAGAUGAACGGUAGUGACUGUGGGAUGUUCACAUGCAAGUAUGCAGAGUACAUCACCAAAGACAAGCCAAUCACAUUCACACAGAAACACAUGCCAUACUUCAGGAGACGGAUGGUCUGGGAGAUCCUGAACAGGAAACUGUUGUGAAAUUGGGAGGUUUUUUUCUUCUAACUUGAGCGAUUGGACAGCUGAGGGCAGGCGUGGUUGUCCCAAUUCUGCUGAAAGAUCCAGUUAGUCUCACUUAUUUAACAGACACUCAAGUGCAGAGAUAGUCUGCCCUGGUUUUGUUAAGUUGUCAAAGCCCCACCAGCUCUGCCAUAUCUGAAGACCUGAUGCCCACCUGCCUCAGUUGGCAUUGAAAGCACUGCCCCCUCCAUCUUAGUGUCAUUGUUUAUUUGUUGAUACUUGGACAGUUUUGCAAUGAAACAAUACUGUGUAUUGCCCAGCAAAGCCCUCUGUUUUGUAAAAAAUCUCACACUUAUAUUCUACCCGAGUGUUUGUCAGAACUGCUUCUAAUGGCAGUCCAGGUUUACAGAUUGAUGUCCAUGUCUUACAGAAAGAGAGAAGACAGUCCUGUUGGACCAACAGUUUAUUUUAAACCAUUGCUGCCCUUUGUAUUUAGCGAUUGUUGAUAUUUUUGUAAUCUACUUGUUUGUUGCGUCCAAUAGAGGUUAUUUUUUACAUGAAAAUGUUCACUAUCCUAAGGUUGUAAAUAUUUCAACCACCACACCUCAAUCAAUAAAUAUGAUAAAUUAAACUGGUGAAUUUUUGGGUAAAAGGGCUAUUAAAGGUCAUAGUAUGGUGUUGGCCCUUUAACAUUUUGACUCAGUUUUGUAUAAUUUAUUUCAUGUAGCAAGUAAAUAUCUAUAGUGAUGUUGAGGAUGUUACAGUCAGUGUGAUUAAGGCUGGGGGUAAGAAGGGACUGAGGGUUUGUACAGUAUAUGAAGCCAACUUUGCCCUUUUGAUGGUAAUGUAAGGUGUACAUAUCUCAGAAGGGGAUGCUGUGUUCUGAUCUGGACAGAAUUACGUGCCUGAGGCCAAAUUGCAACUGGACGUUCAUAGAUAAGAUUACGUUAAAUCAAACAAGGCUUUUUUGGGAACCAAUUAGUGGGAAAUUGGCCUUUUCAGGGUCUUUUUAAGUGUGCAUAUUUCUGCUUCUACAGUUUCUUGGACAACGUAUUUAAUAUAAAUUUUGUAAGUUUUUAUCCUGUUUUGUAUCUAGAUUAAAAAUAGUUUGAAAAA